CGCAUCGGAACAGUCUUUGGCCGCCGCUCGACGCGCUCGAAUCGGGAAUUGGUGUAUGAAACUGUAUUAGCUGGACCCACAGCAGAGCCACCAAACCAACCAUCGAUGGGCGUCAUCUACAAGGUACUCAAGCAGCAACGCAGCAUGGAUCUCAGCCUGAGCUCGGCCACCAGGUGCAAGGUGCAGGCGGCCAUCAAGCAGCGCCAGCAGCAGCGUCGCCUGGAGGAUCACCUGGACCACCAGACUCACAUGGAUCAAGAUCAGGAUCAGGAGCAGGAGCAGCAUCACAGCGAGCAGGACAAGGAUGAGCUGGCCGAGCAGCAGUUGCAGCAGCUCUGUCGAUUUCUGGCCGAGAAUGCGGCGCGAAAAAAGCGUCAACGUUUCAAGCUGCAGUAUCAGUGCAACCUGGUUGCUGAUCAGGAUCCCGAUCAGGAGCAACUGCAGCCGCCUCCGCAUGAGAUGGACCUGGAGUUCAUGGAGCAGCUUCAUCAGUCCUCGUCCGCAUCCACAGCCACAUCCACAUCUACAUCCACAUCCAUAUCCACUUUGGGCAGUGCAGCUGGGCAGUCGGCUCCACGUGAUAGCAUCCUGCUGAAGAUUCGCCACCAGAUCUUCGAGAGAAAGCGGCAGAGGCAGCGCCAGUUGGCGGAGCUGGUCCAGCAGCGUCUGGUGGUGUGGCGACCUUGGUAGUGGGAGCUCCAGUAUUACUCCCCCAGAAGGAGAGACAGAGAGAGAAAGAGAUCCGGGAACUGAGACUAGUCUAAGGAUAAGGAUAGUUAUAAGGAUGCUUUCGGUAUUAUUCCUGCUGCUGUGUGAUGAUCGCGCUGCUCUUCCAUUUUCCCACGCCUCUACAAACAAACCUCUUUUUUUUAUUUGCUGUUAAUUAUAGUUUUACUAAUAAAGAUUUUUUUGGACAUAAUACUUGGCCGUUCCGUUUCUCCAAUGAAAGUCUGCAGCUGCUUUUCUUGAGCUCUUUUUAUUAUUCAUUGAACUUUGACACCAAUUUUAAUUUGUUUAUUCGUAACGAAUAUUUGUUUGCUGUUUAUGGUAAGUUAUGCAUUGUAUUGUAUGCUUUAUUCGUUUAAACUCCAUCUGCCUUCGUUCACGCUGCUCUGAAUCUAUUUCUGGAUACUCUUGAUUUGCCUUCGAGCUGCCUGUUCUGAUUUCCGGGUUUCUGGUGUCCUAAAUGCCUCAACAUGCCUGACUGUUCACUUUCUUCAAUUCGUUCAUCUACCUUCCUAAUAUUAAUUUUUCUCUUGGCUUUGAGCUGAGCUCUGGAAAACGAAAACAAAACGAUCUAAGUUCAUUCAAUGCAAUAAUUCACCUUUGAGUGGCUGCUAAAUGCAGGGAUAUUCUCGUCAUCUUGGCGAGUAUGCUAGCUAAUUCUGCAGCGGAUAUUGUUUAGGCUCUAAAAAUUCUUUUGAAUAAAUUUGAAAAAUAAUAAUUUUUUCUUCAACAUUUUUUGUAAAAUCUUUCUAGUCAACAAUUUUGAAUACAUUUUUGCAAGAAUUUUGUAUGAUAUUUCAACGCAAUACUUAAAUAAGUAUAUACGUUUAGGAUAUUACAUACUUUUUCAGUAACAUUAAUAAUAGCCUGA